AUGUCUGACAAACCUGAUAUGGCUGAGAUUGAGAAAUCUGAUAAGUCGAAAUUGAAGAAGACAGAAACACAAGAGAAAAAUCCACUGCCUUCAAAAGAAACGAAUGAACAGGAGAAGAAAGCAGAUGAAUCAUAAUGAGGCAUGCGAUGCCAAUAUGCACUGCACAUUCCUCAAGCACUGCCUUCUUAUUUUACUUCUUUUAGCUGUUUAACUUUGUAAGAUGCAAAGAGGUUGGAUCAAGUUUAAAUGACUGUGAUGCCCCUUUUCACAUCAAAGAACAG